AUGCUCGUCAAGGACACCAAGCGACUGGUGCUCUUCGUUAUCCCAACUCUUCUUCUUUUGGGUACUGCAAUAAGGUUAUACUGCAGCCCUGAGGGUUUUCGGAAACACGGCACAGAAUGGAGUCCUUCGCAGUUUGCCAAGGAUGCUGGAGAUGAUCAAGAUCUUCUCUUCUCCGCACCCCAAGAGACACUACCAGAGACACUCCCGGAAACACCACAGGACCCCGCAGCAACACCUGAGCAUCAUGAAGACACGCAACCCGGAAUCUUGCCCCUCCCUGAAGACUUGGGUGCCACUCAUCAAGAAGUCUUCUCAGCAUCAACUCUAGACAAAAAGUUCUUCAUGAUCGACUUUGGCAGCGGGUUCCCAGCCAUGAACCCCAACAUCAUUCCUCAUCCCACACUCGACAACACCUGGAUCAUUGUGGCACAAUGGCGAUUAGAAAACAAAGAAUCUCAAUGGUUCGCCGAGCUCGUCUGUGAUGCCACGUUCCAAGACAAUGUCCUUCGGUGUCUGCAUCCACCAAAUACUCUGACGGUCGCUGCUACUGUUGGGGGUGGCCGCUGCGAAGGAGAUUUGGCCUUUUUCAAUACCAACAUUGGCCCCCAUGAUGCUCGGGUCUUUUAUGGCCCUGAGAAGCCUUACACAAUCUUUGGCUCUAAUUCGGUCCACACCUGCUUCGGCCAGUUUGCUCAAGACUUGCGCAUGGUGGUCGACUGGAAAGGCGACAGGGAACACCUCAACGAGUUCCGUCUGGGAACAGAGCUACAAAGACCACUGCCUUGGAACCCAGUCGAGAAGAACUGGUUCCUUUUCUGGGAUUCGAAUGGUCAGAUGUAUGCCCACUACGACGUGACCCCGAAGCGGUCAUUUGCUCUCAUCAACGCGGAUGGCUCAGUCGGGCCAGAUCUGGCUCCCCAGUCACAAGAGUCUGAUGAGCGUUGCAUGGCAAAAUACUUUCCAAAGUUGGGUCCAGAGCUCGAGUCUAUUCAUCAAGCUACCAACUCCCUUCAAAUCACGACGUGCAAUCGGAACGAUCCCAUGUGCGUUCCUGAUGACAGCAACACAUUCGUUUUUACGAUAAUCCAGCACAAGACGUAUUUCAGUUACCACAGCGUUUAUGAACCUUAUAUCAUGGUUUUCAAGCAACAAGCACCUUUCGACAUCCACGCCAUAUCACGCCAGCCAAUCUGGAUCCAUGGCAGGGAGAAGUAUCCAGACAAGUCGACUUCAGACAUGUUUUACGUCACAUCAAUGAGUUGGAAGCAGAGAGGGCAGAAGUAUCAUGGGUUCCUUGAUGAUGAACUCUUCCUUGCGUUUGGUAUUGAGGAUGAGAAGGCGGCGGGUAUUAAUGUCUUGGCUGGUGAUCUGUUCAAGAACUUGGGGGCAUGUUUUGAGGAAUAG